AUGGAUGUCGACGCAAGGACACAACUGCCAAUCGAUCUCAACCCUGUAGGUAAAGAUGUCCGCAGGAAAAAUGAAUUUCAACCAAGCAAUAUCUUCCCCUUCAAGACAUGGCAAUCUCUGCCAUCCUUCUCCACCGCCUUACUCAACAUCUCCCUCUCAGUCGGCACCCUGAUCGUCUCGGCAGCCGGUCUGGCCGUGACACUCGCCGUGAUACUUCCGCUUGGCAUACUCAAGAGCGUAGGUGGUCGUAUCUUUGCUGGAAAACAAGCCGCUGUGCGGGACAACAGCGGUGGGGGUAUUAGCCGAAGACGCUGCGUGGUGAUCCACGGCGCCAGUUCUGGAAUCGGAGCAGCGCUGGCCCUCGAGUACGCGGCAGCAGACACACACCUCGUCCUGAUAGCUCGCGAUCAUGAGCGCCUGAACGAGGUCGCAACGCGGGCGCAGGCGAGGGGCGCCACAACGGCCACACACUCGCUUGACUUCUUCGAGCCGGCCAGCACCACCAAGCUCCACCACCUCCUGCGCGAGAUUGAUGCCAAAGCCGACGGCAUCGAUGUUGCUAUCCAGUGCACAGGCGUCACGAUCCAUCGCAGCGACAGGGAUGGGGAUGGUCAAGCGGAUGUUUGGGGCACGACGGCCGCGUCCCGGAUGCUGCAGGUCAACGUUGCCGCAUGCCAGGAGUUCAUUCUCGGCUCGUGGGAGCUUAUGAAGGCGAGGCGGCAGCAGCAGCAGCGUGCUUCGUCUCAGCUCCAGGGCAGCAAGGGUGAUCAGGAUCAUGCUCAUGUGACGCCCGGCCCAAAGAUCAUCGUGCUCUCGUCUUCGACAGCCUUCUUCACGCCGGCAAACUUUGCGCUGUACGCCGCCUCCAAGGCCUAUCUGUACACGCUGGCACGGUCGUUGCAGGUGGCAUCGGCCCCGUACGGUAUUGGCGUCGUGACUGUCACGCCUGGCUUUAUCGAAUCGGGCAUGACGCUCACGGCAAUCCAGGCCGGGGCGACAACCCCCUUGGCAGUCCUGGGUGAUCCCAGAAAACUGGCCAGAAAGAUUAAGCGCGGCGAGGAGAGGAAUGAGCUGGUGGUUUUCUACCCGCUGUCGCAGGUUUGUGCCCUCUGGUCUGCCCGGGCGCUGAACCCGUUGUUGGAGACAGUAGGGAUGUGGGCUGGGUCGGCCAUGGGUGUUGCUGGAUGGUUCUUUAGCUAGAGCCGUUGGAAUUAGCACCUUUCCAACUGGAUAGCUGAAUCAGCACACUGGAAGUCAAUUUGAUGUGAUACUGACAGUAUCAGUACGCAUACUGGAAGCUUGGUCCUAGUACCUACCUAUGAUGAUGAAAACUGUCAAGAGGUACACACAUCGUAUAUC